AUGGCAUUGGAGGCGGGGAGCAGCGGCGGCGGCGGGAGGGGAUGGGGCGGCGGGUUCCGGAGCCUGAUGCGGCGGAAGCAGGUGGACUCCGAUCGGGUCCGCGCCGAGGGCCAGCCGCAGCUCGCCAAGGAGCUCAACGUGCCGGAGCUGGUCGCCAUCGGGGUUGGUUCCACAGUUGGAGCUGGAGUAUACGUUCUUGUGGGAACAGUUGCUAGGGAGCACGCUGGUCCUGCAUUGACAAUUUCAUUUCUGAUAGCUGGAAUAGCAGCCGCGCUUUCAGCUUUCUGUUAUGCUGAGCUUGCUAGUCGUUGCCCCUCUGCUGGAAGUGCCUACCAUUAUUCAUACAUCUGUGUUGGAGAAGGUGUUGCCUGGUUGAUUGGCUGGGCUCUUGUGCUGGAAUAUACUAUUGGUGGAUCUGCUGUUGCCCGUGGCAUAUCUCCAAAUUUAGCAUUGUUUUUUGGAGGACAGGAUAGUCUGCCAUGGAUUUUAGCACGCCAUCAGCUUCCAUGGUUUGGUAUCAUUGUUGACCCCUGCGCAGCUGCUCUUGUUUUUGUUGUGACUGUUUUACUGUGCGUGGGAAUUAAAGAGAGUUCAUUUGCACAAGGAGUUGUAACAGUUCUGAAUGCUUGUGUAAUGAUAUUUGUUAUUGUGGCUGGUAGUUAUAUUGGCUUCCAAAUAGGAUGGGUCGGCUACAAGGUUUCUGACGGGUAUUUCCCACAUGGAGUAAAUGGAAUGCUUGCUGGAUCAGCAACUGUUUUCUUUGCAUACAUAGGCUUUGAUACAGUCGCUAGUACAGCUGAAGAGGUAAAGAAUCCACAGAGAGAUCUGCCAUUGGGAAUUGGAGUAGCAUUGGCUAUUUGCUGUGCGUUGUAUAUGGCUGUUUCUGUCGUUAUUGUUGGGCUGGUACCGUAUUUCGCCAUGGACCCAGAUACUCCUAUUUCAUCAGCCUUCACAAAACAUGGAAUGCAAUGGGCCAUGUAUGUUGUGACAAGUGGUGCUGUUCUUGCACUCUGCUCGACCUUGAUGGGUUCACUUCUUCCACAGCCUAGAAUACUUAUGGCCAUGGCACGAGAUGGUCUGUUGCCAUCCUUCUUCUCUGAUGUUAACAAACAAACUCAAGUACCUGUUAAGAGCACAAUUGUGACUGGCAUCUUUGCAGCUGCUCUGGCUUUUGCAAUGGAUGUUUCACAGUUAGCAGGAAUGGUCAGUGUAGGCACACUCCUUGCAUUCACCAUAGUUGCUGUCUCAAUCUUGAUACUCAGAUAUGUCCCUCCGGAUGAGGUCCCUUUGCCACCCUCUAUGCAAGAAUCAUUCCGUUUGAACCAGGAAUGCGAUGAGGAAACAGACAGGGGCCUUCUUGGCGUUGGGAACUGUAAUUUGUCUCAGACAAAGGAUGUGAUUGUGGUAGUAGAAUCAGUGAAGGACCCUCUCAUUGAUAAAAGACUGCAUAAAGGCAAGAUGGAUGAGACGAAACGCCGAAAGAUAGCCUCUUUAAGCAUAGCGUCUGUGUGUGCAGGGGUUCUGAUCCUCACAUCUUCAGCCUCUACCACAUGGUUGCCUUUUCUCCCGAUAUGUAUUGGCUGCAUCAUUGGAGUUGUGCUCCUUCUGGCUGGCCUCAGCUUGCUCUCCUGGAUCGACCAAGAUGCUGGCAGGCACUCUUUUGGUCAUUCCGGAGGAUUCACAUGCCCUUUUGUUCCAGUGCUACCAGUUUUGUGUAUCCUGAUAAAUACGUAUCUGUUGAUAAACCUGGGUGGUGACACAUGGAUGAGGGUUGGCAUAUGGCUGCUGAUGGGUGUUCUUGUGUACGUUUUCUAUGGACGAACCCACAGCUCCCUAACAGAUGUCGUCUACGUUCCGGUAGCGCAAGCUGAUGAGAUAUACAGGAGUUCAUCAGGAUAUGUAUCAUAG